AUGGCACGUCGAGAAUCGCCUCGAGCCCGGGUAGUAUGCAUCCGCUGCCAUGCCAGCAAAGUGUCCGUUGUGACCUCGAAGAUCGGAGCGGGACUUGCAGCCGGUGCGAACCAAAGGGUCAUCAAUGCCAGCCUCAUAUCGGGCCUCGUAAGCAAAGGAGAGCUCUUCGCUCUUCGCUCUUCGCUGGCUAGCAAUCUGACACCUUUAACCCCAGGUCAGACAUUGCCAGCUCCAGCACUAACACGGCCUCCAGAACAAGAACAGACUCCAGCACAGACACAGACCCCAGUACAGAGACAUACCCCAGUACAGGCACAGAUUACAGCAGAGGCACAGACUCUUUCCCAGGCCCAACUAUCUGAUACUACGCCAUCAUCGUCUUACAGCGCCCUAGAGCAGCGCACAGUUCAUUGCGCAGAUCUGGAAAAUGUCAAUUCAAAACAGCCGAAUUUCAUCGACAGGAGUGAGCUUAUUCUCGACAUAAGUCAGGCUUGUCGCCUCCCACCCCCAGUCAUCACUCAAGCAUUGGCAGACUUCUAUUUCCGCGAAUUAUUUCCAUUUGCACGAGUGAUUGAUCGAGGCAAAGUCGGAGCCUCGUCGUCGGUAUUGAUUCAGCAGUGUCUGUACUUUGCUGGGAGUACCAUGCGUCAGCCAGCGGGAACAAGCGACUGGUCUUCUUUUGCCAUCCACGGGCGGAUCAAGACACUGCUUUUCGUGCGUCAAGACCCAUGCCCAUUCAACACGCUCGCCGCUCUUUCUAUCUUGAGCACCUGGCUCCCAUAUUUGCCCACAGCAGUUCUACUGGACAGUCCAUGGCAGUGGACUGGCAUGGCAAUCCGAAUGGGAAUACAACUACAUCUCCACAAAGUUGAAUCCUACAAUCGGGUUGGAAAUUCUGGGUUAAUUCGACGAACAUGGUGGUACUUGUUCGUCGCUGACACUUUGCAAAUGGCGUGCUGUGGGCGCCCAGGGAUGUUCCCUUUGAAAGACACUUCUGUAUCGUUGCCUGAUAUCAGUGACUUCGAAAAUCCCGACAUGGCAGCACAGGCGUUCUGUCAAGUGACGCGCCUCUGUCUUUAUCUGAAGGAGAUUCUGGACUUGGGAAGGGAUAACGAAGGCACUGGGGGGCAGACAUGUCAGACCAUGGACAAACUCAAACAUUGGCGAGAAGUCUUGCCUACCGAACUAGAACUCUUUGGCCCCGAUCAAGAUAGGCAGGCUUACAGCCGCCCUGUGGUUGAACUUCACAUCUUUUAUCUGGUUUCAAUUGUUCUGACCUGUUUCCUGGGUCGUCGUGAUAACACCCCGCUGCUCAAAUACCUGUCAAUCGCCGCAUCAUCUUGCAUCUCCCGGCUAUAUGAGGAAAUUAUUUACCGUGAAGAGGUUCAAUACCUACUGCCCAUUCAUUCCUGGACACAACUCGUUGCCGCGAUCCCCCGCGUAUUCUGCGACAUGGACUCUCUACAAUCAUAUCGGGCAGAUGAUGACAGAAUCAGCGAGCAAAUAUUGGGGAAAAUGAGCGAGAAACAUCCAUCAGCUGGUAUGGUGCUAAGCAAGAUCCAGAGCCUUAGCAAUCUUGGUAUCAGCAUGUUUCCUGUGCAAUUUGAUGCCAUGUGGAAUGGUCUUCCAGCACCAACAUCAGACGAGAAGAAGCACAUCAAUACAAUGUUACCUUUUCCCGUGGGCUUUUGUCCAAUGCUUGACUCGGUUAUGUCAAUGUACGAAAUUGAAAUUACUCCUCUUGAUUCUUUUUCCUCGGUACCCACACACAACGAUGCGCAAGAUUGGCCGGCGGUGGAUUGGUCUUUCUUUUUGUAUGAUGGUUCUAUGAGCUUUUAG